AUGGCGUCCAGCAAGCGGCCGCCGGAGGACGACUCGAAGUUGCCCACCUACCGAUUAGUUGUCAUAGGAGACGGAGGAGUUGGCAAAAGUUCGCUUACAAUCCAAUUUUUUCAGAAGCAGUUCUUGGAUUACUAUGAUCCUACGAUUGAAGACCAAUAUAUUCAACAUUGCGAAGUGGACGGUAACUGGGUAAUUAUGGAUGUAUUGGAUACAGCCGGACAGGAAGAGUUUUCCGCUAUGCGAGAGCAAUAUAUGAGGAAUGGACGUGGAUUUCUUCUGGUCUACUCGGUGACCGAACGUAAAAGUUUCGAUGAGGCAGCAAAAUUAUACCGACAGGUGUUGCGUGUGAAAGACUGCACGGAAUAUCCUGUGCUUUUGGUGGCCAACAAGAUUGAUUUGACGAAUCAACGAGUCGUGAGCGAAGCGGAAGGUCGUAGUCUUGCUGCCAGUCUGAAACUGCCUUACAUUGAAACGUCUGCCAAGGAUCCUCCUGUGAAUGUCGAUGCUGCCUUUCACGAACUGGUCCGAAUCUGUAAAAGCUUCCCGACCGACGAAGAUGAAGAAGAGGUUUAG